CAGUGUGAGGAGAAGGCGGCGAAGGGGAAGGAGAAGCAGUUGUUGCGCCAGCCGCUGCUAGGCCGACGUCGGUCUCUUUCCCCCCCACCUCAGCGCCUUUUGCUGUUCGCGGCCUGUCAUGGCGAUGGAUACGAGCGGCAAGGAGAAGGAAGCGCUGCAGCUCCUCGCCGAAGCGGACAAGAAAGUCCGCGGCUCCCACGGCUUCUUCUCGGGGCUCUUCGGGGGUGGCUCCUCCAGGGUUGAAGAAGCAUGUGAUAUCUAUGCAAGAGCAGCCAAUAUGUUUAAAAUGGCCAAGAACUGGAGUGCUGCCGGGAAUGCUUUCUGCCAGGCUGCUCAGUUGCACAUCCAACUGCAGAACAAGCAUGAUGCAGCUAUGAGCUUUGUGGAUGCUGGCAAUGCCUUCAAGAAAGCUGAUCCUCAAGAGGCCAUUAACUGUCUCUUCAGAUCUAUUGAGAUCUAUACAGAUAUGGGCCGCUUCACCAUUGCAGCCAAGCACCACAUAACAAUAGCAGAGAUCUACGAGGCGGAGCUGGUGGACAUUGAAAAGGCAAUAGCCCAUUAUGAACAAGCUGCAGAUUAUUAUAAAGGUGAAGAAUCCAACAGCUCCGCUAACAAGUGUUUGCUGAAAGUGGCUACCUAUGCAGCUCAGUUGGAGCAGUACCAGAAGGCGAUUGAGAUCUAUGAGCAGGUGGGCACCAGUGCCAUGGACAGUCCCCUGCUGAAAUACAGCGCGAAGGAGUACUUCUUCAAGGCGGCCCUCUGCCACUUCUGCAUUGACAUGCUCAACGCCAAGUUGGCUAUACAGAAAUACGAAGAAAUGUUCCCAGCUUUCUCAGACUCCAGAGAGUGCAAACUGGUUAAAAAAUUGCUAGAUGCUCACGAAGAACAGAACAUCGAUAACUACACUGAAUCGGUGAAGGAAUAUGACUCCAUCUCUCGCCUGGACCAGUGGCUCACCACCAUGCUCCUGCGCAUCAAGAAAACCAUACAGGGUGAAGAGGAGGACCUGCGCUAAGCCACUGCCCUCCAACCCUCUGCCCCUCGGCUUCAGAACUCUGCAUGGAUCAGCUCCGGGGGAGGAGAGGAGUCUUGGCACAAAGGAACUGGACUUUGAUGGCAAAUGGCUUAUUACUGCUCCCUUUCUCAUCACCCCUCUCCCUGCAACCGCCUCUUCGUACUGCAGGAAUCAGGGCCGGGGAGUGUCACCUAUGGACUAGCUCCCAUUGGAGAGGAAUGAAGGCCGUAACGUGAAGUUCUCCAUUUAUUCGUUGCCUCGCUUCCCCUCCCCAGAUCAGCGUGCGAUUGCUUCCUGAGCCGGCGUUGACAUCUUCCUGAUGGCUUUACAUUGUAUGGCUUAAUAAGUAAAAGCCUCUUUAGCAGGUUCAGCUGACAGCACCAGUUUCCUUUCCUCCUCCCGGAAAACUUGAAGCUCAUUCUGGGGUGGAAAAUGGCCUCUUCUUUACAGCAGAAGAGGUGCCUGAUCCCUGUGGCCUCAUCCCAUUACAUCCCUCUGACCAGAUCUUCCUCCCUACCUCAGGCAAGGCUUGCAAGGCUGGGAGGUGACUUCUUCCCUUUCCUUGAGCUGUUAUCAUAUUAGAUCUGCCCUGCAAAAGAGUAGCGUUGCUUUCUCUUCUAAAGACAAACACAAAGCGGCCAGAACUGGGUCUUGUGUGGAGGCUGGCUUCCCCCUCCCAUUUCGAGUACUGGCAGAGACCUGACUUCCCCAAAAUUCUAGAUAUUGACAUGGUGUAUGUGCUAACUUUGCUUCUUUUCCUGACUUACAAAGAACUCUUCUUGCUCCCAUCUUGAAUUCAUAUAGGAAAGUGUAAUCCCAGUGUAAUUUCCCUUGUCUGUAGAAGUCAGCGCCACUCACCCAUACAAUGUAUGUGAGUAUGGGGUCGUAAUGUAUAUCUAUUGCCAGUCUCUAGGGGAUGCAAGACGUUCAUUCUCCUGUUGCCUGCAUGGCAAGAGGCAGACAAACCCUGAACCAUGCAGCAGGUAGACAAAAACCCAUUUAAUGCUUGUACCUCUUUUGUGUGCAGGCUGUCCUGAUAAUUACCAUCUAGUCCUGCAUGGUUCUCUGUCAGGCGUAGUUUGAAGGAAGUGUUUCUUCUGCCAUGCGUUCUGUAUUCCAUACUCAUUGUCAUGAAGCUUUGUAUUUCUUCUUCUGGGUUUCCUCUUGUGUUGGCUUUAGGAAAACGAAAACAAAAUUUUAUCAUGUAGUCUGGGACAACGGGGUUGAUACUUCAUGGAGGGGGGAACCUCAUGUUAACUUUUUAUUAUUCAAGUGGGAGGUGGGUGGAAUUAAGUGCUGCUGCAUGUGUUAAAAUGUCCACUGGAAAGUGACUGAUUAUACUAAAAUAACUUGCACACAAACAAUAAAAAGGUUUGCAUGGGUGGAAAAAAAAGCUUACAGUAAUAACGUCUAGCAGUAGCCUCUCUAGCUUCCGUUCUUGCUGCCUGUCUAAGUGACUUGCAUGUUUUCAGGCACACCUUUCCUUGCUGUUCUUUUCGCCUCCGGUGUUUCAGGACUAAUCCUGCCACCUUCUCAGCAACCCUUCUAAGUUGUGAUUCUGUUUCUGAACACUGGCUGUGAUUCUCUGUCUAUAAAAACACAAUUGUAUGCUUGAA